CGAAUUCAUUCGACUUCGGUAAAAAUUUAGCUGAUGCGAGAAAAUCAAGCAAUUCCCAAGCAUUUAUAUUUAAAGUAACACAAAUGUGAGUGAGCAGUCCCAGUCUCAAACUUUGGAAUCUUUAUACCUCCCAAAAGAAACAUCUGGGUUUUCUUCUGCCACCAGAGUGAUUGGAAACGAGCUUUUGAUCCGGCAGGACCCGCAUCAUUGAAAUAUAACUUGAACUCUGUGAUACCCAAAAGAAAUUACUAAUUCAUUAUUUCUUCAUCAGAAGGUGCUGAAAGAAGUGUACUGUUCAGCUGAAGAGUGCACAUUAAGAUUGCUUUGUAAAGAACAGUUGCAAUUUUAAAACGAAGAAAUGCGUGCCUCGCAUAUCUUGUUAUGUACAUGUUUAGUAAUGUGCUUUGCACAUUGUAAAGUCAAGGGUCAGUUUUUCGCCAAAACAGCAAAUUCCAUUCCUCGAAUGGGCCGAAGAUCAGAUUCAACCCUGCCAAAUCUUGUAAGACGGAUUGCUAGGACACUUCGAUUUGUCGUGGACAUGGUUCAACAAUAUGAUCAAGAUAAUAAUGGAGAGCUGAACCCUGAAGAACUCAUGGACAUACCUUUCAUACAAAAUGCUAUUCGAAAUUACCUUGAUGAGAGUGAGCUCCAAGAGUUACAGGAGGAAAAGAUGAAAGUCAAUCGAAUUGGAAUGAACAGCACAGAUGAAAUUAAUGACGAGCACUUAAUCAUAUACUGAAGCCCAUCUGUUGUAAAAUGUGUGUUGAAGAAUGUUCAACUAGCAAAUGUCCAUGCUUCAUUUUUAAACUUCCAUAUCAUUUACGAAUUUUUUGUGUCUUUAUAAACUUCAUAAAUUAUGUCUUUAUGAAACAUAAAUUAUAUUCUUCUACACAUAA